UGCAACUUGAACGAACGAGAGGCUCUCCCUUUUCCUCUGUGCAGGUAAAUCCAUGGCGUCAACGAGUCAACGAUCCCUCCUCCUCAUCGCCCUCAUCACCCUCUCCCUCUUCGCCAUCUCCGCCACCGCAUCAAGGCCCUGCAAAACCCUCUUCGUUUCCUCCUACUCCUUCUCCCUCCGCCGUCUCCCAUCCUCCUCUUCCUCCUCCGGCUUCGUCACCGUCGUCACCGAAAUCGGCCAGCUCCGCCCUGUACACAUCCACCCUGCCCGCUCAGAAGACGUCUUCGUCCCACACCACCACCACCACCACCACCACGACAGCGAGAAGCGGACUCAGACGGCACCGCUCUUUCCCUUCAUCGGAACGGCUUCUUCGUCGUCGUCCUACGACCUCAGCUCCCUGCGCGAUCGCACCAAGGACAUCCUUAGCGUCGUCGUUUCGCUGCUUUUCGGCGUUGGCUGCGGCGCGCUCACCGCCGCCACUAUGUACCUGGCUUGGUCCGUCUUCAUCAGUCGCCACGACGACAGCGGCUCCAGCUCUUUCGAUGACGAUUUCAAAGACUUCAGCCCGAAGAAGGUGGGUUAUGUCAAGAUUCCGGAGGUGACCGCUGACUCCGUUUCCCCACCACCGUCUACGGUCAAGGAAGCCGCCGCCGCCGCAGUGUGAAUAGCGUCAUGAUGAUGGCAAGUUGGUAAUUCCAUAAAUACCUUAUAAUUAAACAAAUGUGCCCCUUGGAUGAUGAGAAGUUUGUGACUGUGUUGUGGUUUGGUGAUAAAAUAAGCUUAAAUCGUACGCCGUGGUCUGUAUUUAUCGAAUUACUACUUAAUUAUUGUCCUCUCAGUCUUUUCCUAUAUAGUUUAUCCAGAUAGGACACAUUUGAAAUGUUGUUGUAUUUCGUAUUCGUUAUAUACGCAAGCAAUUGUGUUGA